UGAUUUAUUAGCAGGCUGUGUGAGGCUUACUAACGCGGGGAGUCUCAGGUCUUGGGGUGGAGGGUGGCCUACUGGCACCCCACGGUCGGGCUAGCGAGAUGGCGGCGCGCUGGAGCAGCGAGAACGUGGUGGUGGAGUUUCGAGACUCUCAGGCCACUGCCAUGUCUGUGGACUGUCUUGGGCAGCAUGCAGUGCUUUCUGGCCGAAGAUUCCUGUACAUCGUCAAUCUCGAUGCUCCCUUUGAAGGUCACCGGAAAAUCUCCCGCCAGAGCAAAUGGGACAUUGGAGCUGUGCAGUGGAAUCCUCAUGACAGCUUUGCACACUAUUUUGCAGCUUCGAGCAAUCAACGGGUUGACCUUUAUAAGUGGAAAGAUGGCAGCGGGGAAGUUGGCACAACCUUACAAGGGCACACUCGAGUUAUCAGCGACUUGGAUUGGGCAGUGUUUGAGCCAGAUCUCCUGGUCACCAGCUCUGUGGACACCUACAUCUACAUCUGGGAUAUCAAAGACACCAGGAAACCUACUGUUGCACUGUCGGCUGUAGCUGGUGCCUCCCAGGUUAAAUGGAAUAAAAAGAACGCCAACUAUCUUGCCACCAGCCAUGAUGGUGACGUACGGAUAUGGGAUAAGCGAAAACCCAGUACAGCAGUGGAGUAUCUAGCAGCCCACCUCUCCAAGAUCCAUGGCCUGGACUGGCACCCACACAGCGAGCACAUUUUCGCUACCUCCAGUCAAGAUAAUUCUGUCAAGUUCUGGGAUUACCGCCAGCCUCGGAAAUACCUCAAUAUCCUCCCUUGCCAGGUGCCUGUCUGGAAAGCCAGAUACACACCUUUCAGCAGUGGGCUGGUGACUGUGAUGGUCCCCCAGCUGCGGAGGGAGAACAGCCUGCUCCUGUGGAACGCGUCUGACUUGAACACCCCGGUCCACACCUUUGUGGGGCACGAUGACGUGGUGCUGGAGUUCCAGUGGAGGAGACAGAAGGAAGGAUCCAAGGACUAUCAACUGGUUACAUGGUCCCGGGAUCAGACCUUGAGAAUGUGGCGAGUAGAUUAUCAAAUGCAGAGGCUCUGUGCCAAUGACAUACUGGAUGGUGCUGAUGAGUUCAUGGAGAGCAUUUCUCUCCUGCCGGAACCAGAGAAGACCCUCCAUCCUCAAGACACAGAUCACCAGCCCAGCUUAAGCCAUGGAGAGGAAGAUGCCAUAAAGGAAGACCCUCCCAGCAGUUUGCUGGAAGAGAAAAGAUCAGACCAACUAGGCCUCCCUCAGACUCUGCAACAGGAGUUCUCCUUGAUCAACGUGCAGAUUCGCAAUGUCAAUGUGGAGAUGGAUGCUGCAGACCGGAGCUGCACAGUGUCUGUGCACUGCAGCAACCACCGUGUGAAGAUGCUGGUGACUUUCCCAGCACAGUACCCCAACAACGCUGCUCCUUCUUUCCAGUUCAUUAACCCUACCACGAUCACAUCUGCCGUGAAGGCCAAGCUGCUGAAGAUCCUAAAGGACACUUCCCUGCAGAAAGUGAAACGCAACCAGAGCUGUUUGGAGCCUUGCCUGCGCCAGCUUGUCUCGUGCCUUGAGUCUUUUGUGAACCAAGAGGACAGUGCUUCUAGCAACCCAUUUGCACUCCCAAACUCUGUCACACCACCCUUACCGACGUUUGCACGAGUGACCACUGCCUACGGCUCAUACCAGGAUGCCAAUAUUCCCUUUCCUAGGACCUCUGGGGCCAGGUUCUGUGGAGCAGGUUACCUGGUGUACUUCACACGCCCCAUGACGAUGCACCGAGCAGUGUCUCCCACAGAGCCGACUCCUAGAUCUCUCUCAGCUCUAUCUGCUUAUCAUACUGGCUUGAUUGCACCAAUGAAGAUCCGCACCGAGGCCCCUGGGAACCUGCGUUUGUACAGUGGGAGCCCAACUCGAAGUGAGAAGGAGCAGGUCUCCAUCAGCUCUUUCUACUACAAGGAACGGAUGUCUCCUCGCUCUGCCCGGCGACGUUGGUCCAUACAAGCAAUUAACGACUUCCCGAAAUCACGGAGAUGGAAAAGUAAGCGGGAAGGACCAGACUCCGGCAACCGACCCAUUAAGGCUGCGGGGAAGGUCAUCAUCCAGGAUAUCUCAUGCCUUCUCCCCGUUCACAAGUCCCUGGGAGAGCUGUACAUAUUGAAUGUGAACGACACUCAGGAGACAUGUCAGAAGAAUGCUACUUCUGCCAUGCUUGUUGGAAGGAAGGAUCUUGUCCAGGUUUGGUCGCUGGCUACAGUAGCUACAGAUCUUUGCCUCGGUCCGAAGUCUGACCCAGAUUUGGAAACACCUUGGGCUCGACAUCCAUUCGGGCGACAGCUGCUGGAGUCCCUACUGGCUCACUAUUGCCAACUCCGAGACGUUCAGACCUUGGCUAUGCUCUGCAGCGUGUUUGAAGCCCAGUCCCGGCCUCAGGGGUUACCGAACCCUUUUGGGCCUUUCCCUAAUCGUUCUUCUAAUCUUGUGGUGUCCCACAGCCGAUAUCCCAGCUUUACCUCCUCGGGGUCCUGCUCCAGCAUGUCAGAUCCAGGCUUCAACACCGGUGGCUGGAACAUAGCAGGAAGAGAGACAGAACACAUAUCUUCUCCUUGGGGAGAGUCUUCUCCAGAGGAACUCCGCUUUGGGAGUCUGACCUACAGUGACCCCCGUGAGCGGGAACGGGACCAGCAUGAUAAAAACAAAAGGCUCCUGGACCCUGCCAAUACCCAGCAGUUUGAUGACUUUAAGAAGUGCUACGGAGAGAUCCUCUACCGCUGGGGCCUGAGAGAAAAGCGAGCAGAGGUGCUGAAGUUUGUGUCCUGCCCUCCUGACCCUCACAAAGGGAUCGAGUUCGGCGUGUACUGCAGUCACUGCCGGAGUGAGGUCCGUGGCACCCAGUGUGCCAUCUGCAAAGGCUUCACGUUCCAGUGUGCCAUCUGCCACGUGGCUGUGCGGGGGUCAUCCAACUUCUGCCUGACCUGUGGGCAUGGUGGCCACACAAGCCACAUGAUGGAAUGGUUUCGGACCCAGGAGGUAUGUCCCACUGGGUGUGGCUGCCACUGCCUGCUGGAGAGCACCUUCUGAACUUAAAGGACAGUUGCACUUCCAGAAAUCCCAGAGGACUCCGUAAAUGCUGGAGAAGGCUCUCUGCUGCUGGUGGUGGAAAGUUCUAGAACCAGGGUCAUUCUCGAUGAUUUGGGAUGGAGAAUAGUCCUCACAGACUGCCACAGCAUCUGCUUGUGAGCCUUUGUGUUUCCUUCUCUUUGGCUGUUGGGGCAUGGGUGAUGCCGGAAGAAGGGAGGGGGGAUGCACAGAGCUGACCCUCCUGCACUGUCUGUUGAGUCCACCCACAGUGGAUGUUUUCUUGAGGAAAAGCACCUGUUUCCAGAGCCACCAGAGACAGCAGCCUUCACGAUGCUGUCCUUGAACCAGGAAUGGGCUCUCCAGAUGACAGUACAAAGACACACACCAGCUGCGAAACAGUCUCCUGAGCCAAAGAUGCUGGCUCUUAAUGUCAUCCACAUGUGAGCUAUGGUAUCUGUGACUUUAGAAGUUGGCACCUUGAUGAUAGCCUUAUAAAAUACAAAAGUGUAAUAUAAGAUGGACAUAUGUUCAGCGUUCUUCUUCUUGGUUCAGGGCUUGAACUCAGCGCCUUGCACAUACUGGUGAUCAGCCAUACCACCGAGUUACAUUCCAGACCCGUAAGAAUUCUUAAGAUGCAUAGAUUUUCUGUUUCUCUUCAUCUGCUUUCCUUUGACUAAUGGAAGUUCAUACUUGUGUGUGUGUGUGUGUGUGUGUGUGUGUGUGUGUGUGUGUGUGUGUGAAGGGGGGAAGGGGGGAUAAAUAAGGAAAGUGACUGUCUUAGUGACUCACUUUGCGUUGUACUUCUGGUAUUUUGGACAGGACUAGAAUCAGUCCCAUGACUUCUAAAGGAAAUGCCAUUUGACUUUGAUCAUCUGACUGAGGAAACAGAAUCUGACAUUAAGGUUCUCUCUAGCCGCAAGAGUUUCAUAAUUAUUUCUUCUAGCAAAGGGGAAAUGAGAUUGCAUUUCAGCACUGAUACCAAAGUCUCUCUCUGCCUCCAGGUAGGCUGGCCGUGUUCCAGGGGUGCUUUUCUGGGGUUUCACUUGACUAUACCAGAGAAGAGAAUUUUAAAAAACAAAACAAAACAACCCACUAUACUAAAAUUCCUGUCUCUUAGACACCUAUCAUAUGGCUCAGUGGGCAAAGGUGCCUGCCACUAAGCUUACUCACCUGAGUUCGAUUCCCAGCAUGACCCACAUGAUAGAAGAACUGACUCCCAAAAGUUGUCCUCUGACUUCUACAUGUAAGCUUUGACAUGUACACACACCCCGCAAAAAAUGUAAUUUAAAAUUUUCAUGAUUCCAAAUUGACUAACCUGAGAGACAUAAGUAAUUUGUGUCAUUGGAGUAUGGUUGCACAUGUCUCUUCACUCGUGUGGCUGGGAUAAGAGGGUUUCAAGUUUGAGACCAUCCUGGCUACACAGUGGGUUGAUGGUCAGCCUAACUUAUAUAUGAAGACACUUAAAAACAAACAUAAUAAAAAAAGAUAUAGGUAGAGGUUAGUAAUUGAGUGCUUGCCUAGCAUACAGGAGGUGAUGAGUUUGAUCUCAGCAACACACACAGAAAACAUACUACAUGUUCCAUAAUAGGUAAGUGUUGUAUAUCACUUUUUUUGAAACUAUGAUUUAAGACUCAUGAAUGAAUUAGAAAAUCAGUCUUGUAGAUAAAAACCAACAUUUUAUAUUUUUAAGGAUUACUUUGUGUGUGUGAAUCUCUGUGUGUCUUCAAGUGUAUGUUGUGUGGGACAGAAGCAGCCAUCUGGUUCCUUGGUGCUAGAACUAUAGGUAUUUUCAGGACACCUUGACUGUUUCAUGUGUGUUCAGGGAUCCUAACUUGGAUCUUCAUGAUUGCAAAGUCAAAACUGUUUUGUUUCCAGCCCCCAAACUGUCAUUUAAAGAAAGUAAAAUAAUGUGGGAGAGAAAGGAUCUUGUACUAACACAGUCUUGGGCCAUUUGUUUACCAGUAUGUAUACAUACACUUGCACUCUUAUGAUGACAGUUGGGCCUCUGUUUCCUGUAUUACUGAUUGAUCAAGAGACUCCGUGGCAUAAGCUUGAUCUUGAACUAUAUGCCAAGUUUGGGUACCAGUGCCUCAAAAGCAUGUGUAGCCUGAUGCUGGGAUGAGGGGGAGAGGGCCCCGGACAUCUGAGGGUAUUGUACUUUACUCCUCCAGCCUUGUUUGUGUUGAUGCUGUCAUGAUGCUGAUCCCACAACAGGUGGACUGAUGUGACAGACAGAGACCUGUUGGGUCCUCUGUGAGUUUACACCAUUUACAGAGAACAGUCUCUUCCUCUAUCCAACUGCGAAGCUAAUAAACCCUAUCCCUGUUGAGAAGGA